UUCUUUCACCCAGUCCACCUCCAGCGAUCAUGACGGCGAAGAACCGACAGAAGAGCAAUGCCGGCGAGAAAGCCACUGCUGCUUCUGCAGCUGCACCGGUGCAUAAGGAAGAGAAGUCCCAGAAAAGUAACGGUGUGAGCGGCUCCUCGGGCGCCCAGGGGUCGGCGCGCUCAUCCGGGAAGAAGAGCCGCAGCUGUCUGGGCACCCUGCUCUCGAUGCUCUUCUACGCGGCAAUGAUCGGAGGCGUCGCCCUGGCCGCUUUCCACAUGCAGAAGGUGGUGGAGGAGAUCCGGCAGACGAGCGCAAAAAACGCCGAAAGCGCGCAAAUCAGCGCCGAGAUCGGCGGCAAAAUGGAGGGCGUCGUUCAACAGGUGGCCUCUCUGAAAGGCGUCGUGGACAGUCUGAAGUCGUCGUUGGGCGCCACCCGUGUGGAGCUGGAGGGCGCCGUGACCCGGAUGGCGCGGGGCGAGGAGGAGACGCGGCGGGUGGAUGAGGCCCUGCAGAAGCUCCAGAAAGACCUCCUCAGGGAGCUCUCCGAGGGCAUUAGCGAGGUGAAGGAUGCCCGGGAGCGUGACUUCUCUUCCCUGGAGGUGACGGUGGAGCAGCGUCUCGAGGAGGUGAGCCGCUCGGUGCGCGCCAGCGUGACCGAGUUCACCAACGCCCAGGGUCAGGCGCAGAGCCAGCUGGCCGACCUCCAGGCUCGGCUGGGCGGCAUCGAAGACCCCGCCAUGGUCAAGCAGGAGCUGUCCAGCAUCGUGGAGGUGGUGGCCGAGAUCAGGGCGGCCAAGCAGGACGCCGACGCCUCUGCCGAUUCCAUCCGGGAGCAGAUCAACUCUGUGAGGGAGGAGCUCCGCACGCGUAGCCAGGAAGUGGCCUCGCUUUCCCUGGAAGUGGAGUCCUUCAGGUCCGUGGUGCAAGACACGGUGGGAAGUCUCAAGCUGUCCGUGUCCGCCACCGAAUCGCAAGUCCAAGCCCUCGGGGACCGAACCGGCUCCGUAGAGGGCGGCUUGGAACGGGCCGCCGAGGGAGUCCGCGAUGUGGAGACGAAGGUCAAUGAGGUCGCCGCUCAGUCACAGAAGCGAGCAGAUGACCUGGAGGCCCGCCUCAAAGCCUCGGAGGAGAGCAGCGAUUCAGUCAGCGCCAAGAUGGAGUCGCUCCUCUCCCAGUACGACAUCCAGGAGAGCGCCCUGGCCGGCAAUGCCCUCUCCAAAGUGGAGCUGGAGGCCCUGACCAAACAGAUAGAGGAGCUGGAGGCCAACGUAGCGGUCGUGGGGGAUGCGCAGGACACGCUGGCCGCCACGGACUCGCUCAUGGCCCAGCGGGUGGAAGAGCUGGAGAGGUUGGCCGCCGAGGGGCACGCCGCCAAGCUGGAGGAGCAGCAACAAGCCAUCAUCUCCUUACAGACGGCCUUGGGGGAGGUCACCCAGUCGCUGGCGGCUUUGUCCGAGGCGCAAGAGUAGCAUCACGAGAAAUUACAAAAGAAAUAAACUUUUUUUUUUUUUUA